AUGAAAACCAAAAUUUUCAGCAGUUACCACGAUCUCCUCGAAAAACGACUGCUAGGGCGCACGAUUGGAAACUGAAGACGGACGUGGGAGAUGAUCGGAGUAGAGAUGGCUUCAUCACUAUUCACCCCACUCUCAAUCUACGGUUCAUAUAAAAAGGAGAAAAGGGAAAGAGGAGCAGAGCAAAUUCAAACCCAGAAAGAGGAAAAAAUUGGUAUCAAAAUCGGUGAUUGCAGAUAAGGUAUUGUGUGCAGAGUGGAUUCUCAAUCAAACCCAAAAGGCAGAGUAAAAUAGGUGUAACUCGGGCGACAGAGUGGCAGAUUCAGUGGAGGUUAUGCUUGAUAAUUGUUUCCAGAUUUCAAAUUUCAUUUAUUUAGGUUUUCGAUUUCGACUGAGUUUCCAUGUGUUAAUCAUUGUCGUUGGGCAAAUUUCAAACAGUGGGUGGUUACCAGAAGUUGCUCAUGACCUCUUCGUGCAAAUUAUGCUUCCAAAAAAUUAAUCCAUGAGGCAGGGGCUCUCGACACAGUUCCUGUAAAUGUAUGGGAGAAUUCUAGACAUUGUGAAAGUUGGUUUCCUCUAAUAUUAGUUGCAGGUAGAGAAGGUACUGUUUGAUUGAGAAUCUGCAGUAAAUUGGUUUUGCUAAAUAAGGAACUAACAUACAAAGAGAACUCAUAGGGGUAGCACUGAAAGCAGAUAGAUAAGGACCUGUUGAUCCAUAUUCAAGCCAAGAGUGAGUGGAAUCAUGUUCAGUUUGAAUGAAAAUUUGAUUUGAGGAGUAAUCAACCAUUGACUCUCCCUUUUGUGUUGCAUAUUCCUGAUCAUUGGUUCCAGAUCGCCUUUUCUUUCGGUUUGCUCGGUUGUUCUUCUUCUACUUAAAAUGGAUAGUGGGCCGAGAAGUGACCGUGGAGCUCAAGAACGACUUUGCGAUUAGGGUAAGAUCGACCACCGUGGAGGGAAACAGCAAAGGAGAAUAUAUUGGUUACUGGUCAGUAUAUAUAUAUAUUUCAAGAAGUAAAAGAAGAUAGUAAGUAUUGCUGGAAGCACCACAGUUGCAGUGCAUCCUGAGUUAUUCACAAUCAAGAUGUACCAUGGUGGAAUUAUUAGGGAGAAUAAAUAUGUAGGAGGAAAGAUCAGCUACUAUGAUAAUGUGGACAAGGACAAGAUGUCCCUAAUUGAGGUGGAUUCUAUGGUGAGAGGGGUAGACCCUGCGUAUGCUGGAAUGAGGAUAGACUACUGGUAUUCAAUAGGGAGUGAAGAUGAUGCUCUGACCAAGCUUUCCACAGACUUUGAUGCCAUACAAAUGUGUUGUUGUGUACCUCAAAUCAGGUUGGUAAUUAUCUACUUAGAUAAUUUAGAUCUUCAUGGUGACUACCAAUCUGAUACAGAUGAUGUAGAGAUGUUUGAUAAUGAACCAACUGCAUGGGGGUAUAGUCAAGUUGGUUCAUCAGGGGUGUUGAUUGAAGAACUUCAUGAUUCACCAAGGAGGAAAUGCUCUGUAAAGAUCGAAGAGUUGCCAGAUUCACCUAAAAAGAACCCUGAAGUUUUGAAAGGAGAUCCAAAGUUAGGGAGAAGGGUUAAAGUAUGUGUAAACAAAAAAAAGGCAGUGGGAAUUGUGAUUAGAGAGGUGGAAGAAGAGGUUCCAACUCAAGCAAGCAAGGCUCCAGUGUGUGACAGCAAAGACAAAGGUAAAUAGAAAGUUGAUUUUGAGCAAGAACAAGAAGAUUAUAAAGCUGAGAUUUUUGAAGACUUAGUAGACAUAGAUGUGAUCAGUGAAGAUGAUGCUAGUGAAGAUGCAGACUAUAAACCAUGUAGGGAUGAUGAAGACUAUGCUAAUUAUGGUGUUGAUGAUGACUGGUUGGAUUAUGUGGAAUGUGAAGUGAAUGAAGAGAUUGUUGAGAAUCAUGAGGAAGCUACUGCAUCUGUAGGAACAAGUGCUGCAAAGAGGAAGGGAAAGAAGAAAAAGGAAGCUAGUGUUGGAACAAAUGUUGAUAUAGAUGAGAACAUAGAGGUUGAAGAUAAUGAGCCAAUGUAUGGGGCUAUGGAUUCUGAUGAAGAGGGGAUUGGACAUGAAGCAAACUCAGAUGAUGAGGGAGAUGAUAUGCAGAGGUUUCCAGAGUUCAACCCCAAGACAGACAUGGGGAACCUUCAGUUUUGUAAGGGUAUGAGGUUUGCAUCUGCUAAGAUACUGAGAGCUGCUGUAAGAGAAAAGGCAAUACAAAAGGGUUGGGAGGCUAUGUUUGUGAAGAGUGAUAGAGUAAGAGUUAGGGUGAUUUAUAAAGCAGAAAACUGCCCUUUCGAGCUGUAUGCCUCUAAGAUGCAGCAUGAAGACACUCUAAUGAUCAAGACAUACAAUGCUGAACACAACUGUGCAAGAGUGCUAGAUAAUAGCAUGGUUAGGACCCCUUAUCUGACUGAAAAGUUUAUUGAUCAGAUAAAGCUCAACCCUGAUUGGUCUACAGAUUCUCUAGCCCAAACUAUGUCAGCAAAAGUGCAGGCAAGAGUCUCAAUUCAGCAAGCAUAUAGAACCAAGAAGGCUGCAUUGAGUAUACUUGAGCGCUCACAUGCAGAACAGUAUUCCAGGGUCAAGGACUACACAGCAGAGUUGAAGAAGGUUGAUCCAAACACGACUGUGGACAUUAAGUGCGACUUCAACAACCCUGGCCAGCAACCAGUUUUCAAGAGGAUGUAUGUGUGUCUUGGUGCACUGAAGAUGGGAUUUAAAGCAGGUUGUAGGUCAUUGAUAGGACUAGAUGGUUGUCAUCUGAAGAGUCCUUAUGGAGGCCAGCUUUUGUUAGCUGUUGGAGUGGAUGCUAACAAUAGUACUUGGGUAGUGGGUUAUGCAAUGGUGGAGCAGGAGUGUAAGGAUAGUUGGAUAUGGUUCCUAGAGUUGGCUAAUGACUUGGACAUUAAGAGUGAUGGAGCUGGGUGGACCUUUAUAUCUGAUAAGCAAAAGGGCCUGCUACCAGCAUUUGAGGUGGUUUUGCCAAGUGCAGAGCACAGGUUCUGUGUUAGGCAUUUAUGGACGAAUUUCAACAAGAAGUUUCCAGGGAAAGCAUUGAAGGACCAACUAUGGGCUAUUGCUAAGUCAACCACAUUGGCUUACUUUACCAAGGAAAUGGUCCUAAUGAACCAAAUGGAGCCAGGGGCUUAUAACUAUCUAACAGAGCCUGAAAGACCAGCAAAGCACUGGUCUAGGUCACAUUUCAACACAGUGCUUAAAUGUGACAUUCUGCUCAACAACCUCAGUGAAAGCUUUAAUGCCUUCAUACUGCCUGCAAGAGUCAAACCUGUUAUCAGCAUGUUUGAGGAAAUAAGGAUUAAGUUGAUGAAGAGGAUUCACAUUAGGAGGGACAAGAUGAUGGAGGUUCAAGAUCCAAUCUGCCCCAAACUAAGAGAAAUACUGGAGAAGAACAAAGUGAAAGCUGCCACAGACUGCAUUCCAUAUGGUUCAGGUAGCCCAAAAAUCGAAGUGGAAAGUAUUGGAGGAGCUAGAUAUAUAGUUGAUAUUGAGAGGAGGAGUUGUGCUUGUAGGAGAUGGGAUUUGAGUGGGAUCCCUUGCAAACAUGCUGUAUCUGCCAUCCACUUCAUGAGGGAAAAACCUGAGGAUUAUGUACACCCUUGCUACUGGACAAAGACAUACUUGGCCACUUACUCAAACACCAUCAGCCCUGUAAAUGGAAUGGAUCUUUGGGAACGGUCUAAUGAUGCUGCAAUUCUUCCUCCUCAGUAUAACAGACAGCCUGGUAGGCCAAAAACCAAGAGAAUUAAGGAUGCUUCAGAGAAAGCUACUGAGGGAACAAAGCUCGGAAGGGUCCAGAAAUCAUUGAAGUGCAGCAGAUGUGGGAUUUUGGGGCACAAUGUCAAGACCUGUCAUAGGCACUUGCCACCUAAGGAGAAGAUAAGCAAAAAGAGGAAGCUAGACAGUGGAAAGGACACCACUAAUCAAUUCAAGGCUAAGGGUACCAAAAAGCCUCCUCUGACAAAGAAUGAGCUUAGGGACAAAGUUAUACAGAAAGCAGAAAAGAUGAAGAAUAAGAGGGAUGCACAUAAGGCAGCAGCUUUUGCUGCUGCAAAAACAACCAUUGCUAAAGCAACAACAAAGUCGAGCACUGCUUCAACCACUACACAAGCUGCUAGAGCAAACAGUAAAGCUUCUACCUCUGCAAAGUCUUCAACACCAACAAGAUCAUCACAGAGGAUUAGAGCUGGAAAGGAGGCAUGAAAAUAGACCUAGGAGGCUGAGAUUAGCAAGCCAGGUUAUUUUAUAUUGAUUGAUGAAAUGUUGCAUUAUUUUGUGCAACCUUGUGCUGUGUCACAAGGUUGCUGGGUCUAAUCUUUUGUUAUGAUGAUUAGAGCUAAUCUGGACAAAGCAACUAUUUCCAACUUUUUUGUUGUUGUUUUGAUGCGAAACAGUGAAAUGCAUCUUAUUGGCUGCUAAUUCUUAAGACAAUGUCAGUAUUACUCCUAUUAUUAAUGAAGAGCAGGUUGUGUUAUUUUACUACUUUUUAAA